GUACAAGCAGGAACACUCGCCCCCCCAGCAGCUUCCUACACUUGCGCUAACGGUUAUGACGACGCCGUCAACCAAGCCUACUCCAGUCCUGACGCCAUGAACUUUGGCACCAAAUCAGCCCGUAUGUUUAUUGAAUGGUACACAAGUUCCCCCAACUUCAAGCCAGUUCUCUUUGUCCACUACGGCAACAACUACGAAAAACGCUCUUCUGGGACGGCAGUAGCCUUCACUUUCGGCGAUGGCCGAAACACUUUCUACCCACUUGUCAACCAAGACGUUAUUGCUCAUGAACUUGCUCAUGGUGUCACCGAACAAAACUCCAACCCCAUCUACGACGAUCAGUCUGGUGGUAUUAACGAAGUCUCGGACAUAACAGGGGAGGCAACUGAAAUGUUUGCUCGUGGCUCUAACGACUGGUUUGUUGGAGCUGAAAUCUUUAAAAGCAGUAACGGGGCCCUACGUUACUUUCUAAGACCUACAAGAGACGGGGGGUCAAUCAAGCAUACCAGAGACUACAGAAACAGCGUGGAUGUUCACUACAGCAGCGGCAUCUUCAACCACGCCUUCUACCAGCUCGUUAAGGAAAACAACAUGCCCAUCAGACAAGCUCUCGAAUGCUUCCUCAGAGCAAACGUCAUCUACUGGGGCCAGUCAACGACCUUCGAGGAAGGCGCUUGUGGCGUCAUGCGUGCUUGCUACGACCUCGGCUACGACUCAUCAUCAGGUGGUGAAAAGAUCUUUCCAGGUUGUAGGGGUCACUUUUCAGUGGGUGUCAGGAGCCCACCUUCAUGGAGACGUUAUCUGACAGCGAGACCCCUGACUUCCGACCUGACCGUCUCCUCCUCCCAUCGUCCUGUCUUUAUGUUGGCGCCUCCACCAGAGGCAAACUACGUCGUUCUGACGUCAACUACAGGCAACUCCAUCAACAUGGCCGUGUACGACAACCUGGGAGUCCUCCAACCCAUUGGCCAUGGCAACAGGCCAGUUGAGAUAUCAGCUUCUUUCUGGGUCUCCGUCGUUGUACCUGCGUGUAUCUGCUGACGUUGAUAAUGAUUAUCACUGACGUCAACGUUCAAAUCACGUAUGAAUGAUUGUCAAUAUAUUGCAGAAAAUAUACUCUUCGUAGCUUUCAUUGAUUAAAAGUAUAUACAAGUUCAUCUUGAGUUGAUAUUUCUGAAAUGACUGGAUGUUUCAAUAGGACAUAUUUAUAUAGAUGUUGUAAAGGACCAGUGAGGGGUCCAGAAGGCGCAGUGACUGGAAGCAGCAGUGACUGUGCGCCUGAUCCGACGUUGUGACGUAAAAAAUCCCAGUUUUACCCUGAGUGUGAACAUUGGCUUGUCAGCAUCUUAUCCAUCGAACUUUUAUUUCCUUUGUGUUAGUCGCGUCUAACCUGCACUCACACUCACCACUCAUCACCAACAAAAAUAUAUAUUCUGAAAUGAAACGUUGUUUUACCUUUAUACAGAAUCGUUUACAACAAUUCACUGCAUGUAAAUUAACAUAAUGCCAAAUGUAGGAAUAAGUCGUUUAAGUCUGAAGUUGGGAUAACGAUAAAUUGUGAACAGUUUAGAGAAAAUAUUUUGUCAGAUAACGUACAAGUAUUACUAGAUAAAUCGAUUGACUGUGCUUUCGUUAAUAUUGAUGAUAGUAUAAGCUAUAUGACCGA